GCAAUGCAGUUGUGUGUCUUCCCAAUCUGGAGAGGGAGAAGGAAGGAAGCGUUAAACGUGCGUUUUACACAGAGAGAAGAGAAAACAAACAAAACAACUGAACUGAUUUUCUCUUCUCUUGUGUCUCAGUAUCGUAACUCUAUUCUCUUCUGGGCUCUCAGAUCUUGCAGAAACCCCUUUCUCCAUAGCCACAACUCUUCUAUCUUCUCUUGAAGAUUCUUUUCUCUUUCUUUCACACUUUCCACUUUCCCUCACUUUCUUCUCUUUCCUUUUUCGUUUGUUUCCCGGGAAAAUCCCCAGCCGCAACCACUGUUUCGAUCUUCCGCGCGCCCUCCAAUUGCUUAUUGCUCUGUCCACGCUCCCGCAUUUCAGCUCCCUGGAAUUUCCACCCCGAACGGAAUUCUGCACUGCGCAAUUUUCCGGGAAAGUGGGGGUUUCCGGGAAACGGAGCGUUUUCUCGAUGACUAUGCCGUUGCUGCAGUAACGGGGAUAAGAAGACUGGGAGGUGAGAGGAAUGGACGAUCGAGGCGGUUCCUUCGUAGCUGUGAGGAGGAUUUCGCAGGGUCUUGAUCGAGGCAGCGCGUGCCAUUCAACUUCUGGUUUUUCACUUGCGUGAUGUUUGCGGAUAUUCAAAAUUGCAUUGCUGAGUUUGUGACAGGAUCAACAGCGUGGCUUGGCAGAGGUUUGUCCUGUGUCUGCGCACAGAGAAGAGAAAGUGAUGCUCGACCCUCUUUUGAUUUAACAUCAGCCCAGGAGGAGUGCUUGCUGAGGUUACAGAGUCGCAUUGACAUUCCAUACGAUAGUUCUAUUCCUGAGCACCAGGAUGCUCUAAGAGCUUUAUGGAGUGUUGCAUUUCCUGAAGAAGAACUCCGUGGCCUGAUCUCAGAGCAGUGGAAGGACAUGGGCUGGCAAGGGAAGGAUCCAUCAACUGAUUUUAGGGGCGGUGGUUUCAUAUCAUUGGAGAAUUUAUUGUUUUUUGCUAGGAAUUUCCCGAAAUCCUUUCAAGAUCUUUUACGGAAGCAGGAAGGAGAUCGAUCAGUGUGGGAAUACCCAUUUGCUGUUGCUGGUGUUAACAUCACAUUCAUGCUUAUUCAGAUGCUUGAUCUUGAAGCAGUCAAACCUCGGACCCUGGUAGGAGCAACUUUCCUAAAAUUUAUUGCAGAAAAUGAAUCAGCUUUUGAUCUUCUCUAUUGCAUUACAUUCAAGAUGAUGGAUCAACAAUGGCUUUCUAUGCGUGCGUCAUACAUGGAUUUUAAUACAGUAAUGAAAUCUACACGACGUCAGCUGGAGAAAGAGCUUUUGCUUGAUGACAUAAUGCGGCUCGAAGAUAUUCCUUCAUACAAACUUCUCACACGAUAGUUAUCAGUGCUUACUUGGAGUCUACUAGUUUUAGACAGAAGGUUGUACUUGAUGUGAUGCUACUCUUAUAAUUUUCUUUCCUUCCAAUUCGGCAUUUAACCUUCUAACAUCUGAGCAAGACUGAGGCGAGCCUAAGUAUGAUAUCAUCGAGGUUCUAGAGGCAGCAGUUAAGAUUUUAAUCUAGUGGGAGGAAGAUAUUGUGGGUGGGACAAACAAACUGUAAGGAGAGUAUGAAAUGUAGGUUUGCUUGGUACAAAAAAGGAUUAGAUUGUAAUGAAUUGUGGUUUGCCUAUAUAUUUCAUCAGUGUCCAUUAAUUGGAAAAUAUAGUUUGCAGUAUUGUAAUUCAGGCAGGAGUACCUCGGUAGAUAGAUUCUGCCUGGGCAAUGUUUGUUGAGGAAUUAAUAUACUGCAUAUUGUUGUCUGA